UUCACACAACAUUCAGUUGACUGCUCGGGAGCAGGUGAUCAUCUCUAUUUAGAUGUACCACAGACCAUGUGACCAGAACAUGGUGGAACGCUGCAUUCCAUGCAAAACAAAGAGGGAUGCUGAGGCUACAGUAAACAUCUUUACAAAGACUCUGCAGGAAGGGAGCUAUCUAAAGCAUUUGCAAGAAUCCACCCCUGUGAGCCCACUGACUACAGCCACUACUUGGAACAGAUAACCUCACGUGGAUCAACAGCAUUGGAUGAUGUGGGAAUGGACAUCCCAUACGAUGCAGCAGAAAUCAGACCUGAGCCUCCUAAUUCAUUGGAUCUGAAUGGCUCUCAUGCCAGAAAAAUAAAGCUCACAGCUCCCAAUAUAAACUUAUCUCUGGACCACAGCGAAGGUUCCAUCUUGUCUGAUGACAACCUUGACACCCCAGAUGAGCUGGACAUUAAUGUAGAUGAUCUUGAUACUCCAGAUGAAGCUGAUUCCUUUGACUACACAAGCCAAGAUGAUCGACCGGCACUCGGGCACUCAGUGCCACAGAAUUUUGAAUCUAUUGAAGAAUACACAGCAGAGGAAGAGAGAGCUGAUAACAAGCUAUGGAGGACUGUCAUCAUCGGGGAGCAGGAACAAAGGAUUAAUAUGAAAGUUAUCGAACCUUACCAAAAAGUGAUAUCGCACGGAGGUUACUACGGAGAGGGUGUAAAUGCCAUCAUUGUGUUUGCUGCUUGUUUCCUGCCGGACAGCAGUCAUGCUGACUACAAUUAUGUCAUGGAAAACCUUUUUCUAUAUGUAAUAAGUACACUGGAACUAAUGGUAGCUGAGGACUAUAUGAUAGUCUAUCUAAAUGGAGCCACUCCACGAAGAAAGAUGCCAGGCUUAGGAUGGAUGAAGAGAUGUUACCAAAUGAUAGACAGGCGGUUAAGAAAGAACCUAAAGUCAUUCAUAAUUGUUCAUCCAUCAUGGUUCAUCAGAACUAUACUAGCUGUGACACGACCUUUCAUAAGUUCCAAGUUCAGCAGCAAGAUAAAAUAUGUAUCCAGUUUAGCUGAGCUACAAGAACUUAUUCCAAUGGACUAUGUGCAGAUUCCAGAAUGUAUUAUUAAGUAUGAAGAAUCAAGGUGUUUUCCAAGGAGUGUAAGACUGGAUGAAGAACUGACAGAAAGUGAAUCAGCCAAAGCUGCGUGUAUGCCGGCCGAGCCAGAAAUGACUUCCUUGGACCAAGAGUUUAAUAAGAAGAGCGAAGAUCAUUUAUAACGUCAUGGAG